GGGCCGGGUCGGGCCAGGCCCGCCACGGCGGGGGCCGAGCCGCGGGCGCCCAAUCAGCGCGGCGCGGGGGCUCGGGCGCUUUAAGCGCGGCUGCGGCGGAGCCGGGACAAAGUCCCCCCGGCGCCGCGACGAGCAUCCCCGCUCGCCCGCCAGACCUGGCUGUCGCCUUGCCUCCCAGCUCUGGGGACGCGACCAGGACAGGGACCGGGUCCGGCGGGCGGCUUCCCCCCGCCCCUCCGCAGCCGAGCUCCCGCGGGGUGCCUGCAGCCACCUCCUCCUUCUCCUGCCGCCGCCGUGACCGGCCAUGUCGAUGCUGCCGUCGUUUGGCUUCACGCAGGAGCAGGUCGCCUGCGUCUGCGAGGUGCUGCAGCAAGGGGGGAACCUGGAGAGACUGGGCCGGUUCCUCUGGUCGCUGCCGGCCUGCGACCACCUGCACAAGAACGAGAGCGUCCUGAAGGCCAAGGCGGUGGUGGCCUUUCACCGCGGCAACUUCCGCGAGCUCUACAAGAUCCUGGAGAGCCACCAGUUCUCGCCACACAACCACCCCAAGCUCCAGCAGCUCUGGCUGAAGGCUCACUACGUGGAAGCCGAGAAACUGCGGGGCAGACCCUUGGGCGCCGUCGGCAAAUACCGCGUCCGCCGAAAAUUCCCUUUGCCCCGCACCAUCUGGGACGGCGAGGAAACCAGCUACUGCUUCAAGGAGAAAUCCCGGGGCGUGCUGCGGGAAUGGUACGCCCACAACCCCUACCCGUCCCCCCGGGAGAAGCGGGAGUUGGCAGAAGCCACUGGUCUCACCACCACCCAGGUCAGCAACUGGUUCAAGAACCGGAGGCAGCGGGACCGAGCGGCGGAGGCAAAGGAAAGGGAGAACACGGAAAACAACAACGCGGCCACCAACAAGCCGAACCAACUCUCGCCUCUGGAUGGGAGCAAACCCCUCAUGUCCAGCUCCGAGGAAGAGUUUUCUCCUCCCCAAAGCCCGGAUCAGAACUCGGUCCUGCUCUUGCAGGGGAACCUCAGCCACGCCAGGAGCUCCGGCUACUCCCUGGGCGGCUUGGCCGCAUCCCAGACCCCUCACAGCCUCCAAGGCCACCAGCUCCAGGACUCGCUGCUGGGACCCCUCACGUCCAGCCUGGUGGAUCUGGGAUCCUAAAGGCCCGCGGCGGGCUGGCAGAGGGUCGGGAGUGGCGGUUCCGCUCGGGGACAGAGGUUCUGGGUUGUACAUAGGAGGACAGCACCCGGGUUUACAGCUCACCCGCUGCUUCUUGACGGGACUCUCGGCUCUUUUCACACAACCCCACGUCGGCUCCUGGUCCGGUUCCCUCCCAGUGUCUCCCACAAUCAUCACCAUGAUUGGGUUUUUUUAUUUUAUUUUU